GACGUAAGGAGCCGUGGAGAGUGACGCACCGUGUGUUCAGACCCUCGGCCUCCUCAGCAGCUCCUCCCCGCACUGACUGCAGCAUGUCCCGGGUCCCCAGAGUCCGGCUGUCCGGAGGGCUGGAGGUCUGCCGGCUGCUGAACGGGCUGUGGCAGCUGUCAGGAGGGCACGGAGCCGUGGACAGAGAGAGAGCAGUGGAGGCCAUGCAGGCCUACGUAGACGCUGGGCUGACCACAUUUGACAUGGCAGACAUUUAUGGGCCUGCAGAGGAAAUAUUUGGACAGUUCAACAGCCAGUGCAAAUCAUCUGGGAAGGACAUCCCAGCUCUGCAGAGUCUGACCAAAUACGUGCCAAGACCAGAACCAAUGAACCGCAAGGUGGUGGAGAAGGCACUGCAUCGCUCCAUGACCCGUAUGCAGGUUGACAGUCUGGACUGUGUUCAGUUCCACUGGUGGGACUAUAAAGACAAAAGAUACCUGGACGCACUAGGACACCUCUCUGACCUGCAGCAGGAGGGACUCAUACGAGAGCUCGCCCUCACUAACUUUGACACUCAGAGGCUGGAGGAGAUCACCAACAGAGGCAUCCGCAUCUCAAGCAACCAGGUUCAGUACUCAUUGAUUGACCAGCGACCUGCAGCUAAGAUGGAGCAGUUCUGUCUGGCUAACAACAUUCAGCUCCUCACGUACGGCACUCUGGCUGGCGGUCUACUCUCAGAGCGUUAUUUGGGGAAGACGGAGCCUAAAUCCAGGGCGGAGCUCUACACCGCCUCCCUCUCUAAGUACAAGAAAAUGAUUGACUCUUGGGGUGGCUGGAGCCUCUUCCAGGACCUCCUUGUCGCCCUGGAGACCGCUGCUAGGAGACACGACUGCUCAGUGGCCAGCGUGGCAACACGCUAUGUGCUGGAUCGCCCUGCAGUGGGCGGGGUUAUUGUCGGUUGUCGGCUAGGCGUCGCAGGGGCGGGGCAACACAUCAGUGACAGUCUGCGGAGCUGCAGCCCUGACUUGAAGUUGACAGAAGAAGAUCUUGCCGCCAUCACAGCAGUGACACGACGCUCCAGGGACCUCAUGGCACUCAUCGGGGACUGCGGGGAUGAGUACAGGAGCUAAAGGGGGGGAGGGGGGACAUCUCACAUAGAACAGCCUUAUAAGUAAAUAAAUAAAGUAAAUAAAAAUCUGUUCAAUUCUCCAUUCAAAGUUUUGCCACUUUUAUACAACCUCUGAAGAUAUGUGCCUCAUACAAAGUGUAUUUUACCCACUGAAUAUUGAUGCCGUUAAACAGAUCGACCACCUUUCUCUAACAGUUCAUGCAUACACUGUUUAAGUGCUCUUUAAUGUGGGAGAUAAGCUCCUCAUUCAGGCUUGAAUAUAGUGGCACUGAUACGCACAAACGCAUUGUAAUCACUGUUUACAUUUAAGUAAGUCUUUUAGUUACAGAAUUAAGAGCAAGAGUCUAAACUAUAGUUUUAAGCUUUCACGCUGUGAUUUAAAUCAAUAUCGUGUACAUAAUAAGAUAUGGCAUCUUAUUAAUGGAAUUAAUAAGAUACCAUAUCUAUUUUCCAUUUUGAAUUGAAUUCAAUGUAUGAGUUAAAACCAAAUCACCUUGAAGGAGUGUGUUGUAAAGGUAAAUAAAUCUUCUUAUUGAAAAUUACUGACCCUUAAAAAUUGUAUAAUGACACAAUGAACUGUACAUUAAUAUUCCUUUGUGUCUGGGAAA